GAGCAGCGCAGCAAAGGGUGGUGCGCUGUGUCCCUCGGACAUAGCGGAUCACCGAUCAACGGAAAGAGCCAAAGACAUCGGCUCUGUCAUGUGAUCAGCUGUGUCCAAUCACAGCUGCUUGCAUGGGACAUCUACACUGAUCAUCAGGGCACUGAUGAUCAGUGUGCCCUAAUGAUCAGUGUAGCCCCAGCAGUGCCACCUGUCAGUGCCCAUCAAUACCAGCUGUCAAUGCUCAUCAAUGCCACCUGCCAGUGCCAAUCAGUGCCACAUCAAUGCCAUAUAUCAUGCCUACCAGUGCACAUCAAUGCCACAUAUCAAUGCCCGUCUCAGCUGCCUUUCAGUGCCACCUAUCAAUGCAAGUUAGUGUCGCCUAUCAGUGCUCAUCAGUGCCGCCUAGCAGUGCCCGUCAGUGCUGUCUAUCAGUGCCAGUCAGUGUCGCCUAUCAGUGCCACCUAUCAG